GCCGGUGGUACGGUGGUGUGGUAAGUGUGCUGUGGGGCAUAAUAGCGGGAAUACCAGGCGACAAGUGGGUCCUGUGUGGAUGGUUUGGCAUAUUUCUGGGUAUGGUGCACAUUAAGCACACUUGCUACAAUAUAUAAUCGCGUAGGGGCACGUUAUACGACGACCGUUUCCGAUAGCGUCAUAACUGUGCGCCGGUGUCACCGCCAUUCACUCCGCUGCCGGGAAGCGACCCAUCAGCCCCAUUCUCUGUGGAAACGACGCUUCCUGCUCAGGAUCAAACUGGGCCUAAAAAGUGAGGCAUCGGCUGUAAAAGACUCGAUGAAUUUCCUUCGACAUGUCGGAGAAGUCAGGCCAGAGUACAAAAGCAAAGGAUGGGAAAAAGUAUGCAACCCUCAGCCUCUUUAAUACAUACAAGGGAAAGUCACUAGAAACUCAGAAAACCACAGUUGCUGCUCGUCAUGGACUUCAGAGCCUGGGCAAAGUGGCUGUGUCCCGACGAAUGCCCCCCCCUGCAAAUUUGCCCAGUCUUAAAGCUGAAAAUAAAGGCAACGACCCCAAUGUGAACAUUGUGCCUAAAGAUGGCACAGGCUGGGCCUCAAAACAGGAUCCAUGUGAAGAUGAAAAACCACCAGAAGUGCCACCACCUCCACCAAAGCCAGUUGUCCCACCACCAGAAGUUCCUGCCGUUGCCAAAUCAUGGGCCAGUGCAAAGCCAGGUGUGCAAGCAGAAGGAGUAAAGGUAAACCGAUAUUUUCAGCAAGAGUUUCCCAGUCUGCAGGCAGCUGGGGAGCAAGAAAAAACAAAAGAGAAAGACGCAACAGAUGAUAAUUAUGGGCCUGGACCCAGUUUGCGUCCUCAGACUGAUGUAGCCAGCUGGCGAGAAGGUGGUGGAAGAAAUCUUGGUACCCCCUCUGAACUGGAAUCUACUGCAGCAGUUGCAGAGGAUGGUAGCACAAAUGCCUCUGGAACUGCUAUCCAGGAUCAGGGCAAGAUUGGUGAUAAACGUGAUAAUAGAUUGCUCUCAUGUGCUGCAACACAGCCACAACUGAAACUUAAUGGGCAGCAGUCUGGUGUACCUCCUACAUACAGGGGUAUGAUGCCUCCCUUUGCUGGAAAUAUGUUCCCUUCAUAUUCAAAACUACCAUUUCCUCAAGUGCAGGGUCCGACUCGUUACCCUACUCCAGCAGAAGCCAGCAGAGUUCCUAGAGGAAGACCAGCACACUCCUGGGCUGCUGAGGGCAUUGCCCGCCCCUCUAUUAUUAGUGCAAAUGAGCUGAAAGAGCUGGAUAACCUAGAUACAGAAGCAGAUGAAGGCUGGGCAGGUGCACAAAGUGAGGUUGACUAUACUGAACAGCUCAACUUCAGUGAUGAUGAUGAUCAGUCUCCCAGCCAUAAAGAGAAAACAGAAAGCUGGGAUGAACAUAUCUCCAAAAUUGAUCAAACUCAAGGGAAACAAGAGUGUGCAGUUGCUCAUAACGAACCAGAAGACUGUUCAGCCUCCACGGUUUCUCAAACAGCCCCCGCUGCUUCUGGACCUAAAGGCCUUUUUGGCAAAGCAGGUCCACCACUUGAGACCCAGGAUCGGAGACAGAUGCCUCAACCUUUGUUGUCUUUGGAGAAGAACAUUCCACCUUUGUUGCAGCCAAAAGCUGCACCACAGCAGCAUCCUUCCCAAAGCCGUACUGGUGCUGCUGGAAGACAGGCAACCUUGCCCCCUCGACCCAGUGAGGAUGAACUGUGGAAACAGAGACGACGGCAACAGGCAGAGGUUUCGGCAGCUGUCGAAAGAGCGCGCAAAAGACGCGAAGAGGAAGAGCGGCGCAUGGAAGAGCAGAGGAAAGCCGCUUGUGCAGAGAAGCUGAAACGUCUUGAUGAAAAGUUUGCAGCUUGCACAGGUGCAGGAUCCUCUGAGAAAAUCCUGAUAGACAAAGCUCCAGAGGAGAUAUCUGUUACUGAAAAGACAACUUUUGAACCCACUACAGAAGAGGAGACAAUUGCUGAAGAUGAACCUAUUAAGGAGGCAGGUCCAGAGAGAGUGGAGACGCCUGUUCAGGAAGGAAAUAAUGAAGAAGAAAUUGCACAGCCUGAAGCAGAACCUCCACAGGAAAGUGGAAGCAUUAAUGUUUUGGACGAGAGAGAGACAGAUCAAGCUGUAGAACAGCUGUUUACAAGAAAAGGGAGUGUUUCAAGUGAAAGAGAGAGUACACCACCUGCAUCACCUAUCCAGAUGAAUUCAACAGUUUCAAUCCUACAACCCCCUUCUGUUGCUACAUCUUCCACUACCCUACCGCCAUCCCCUUCACCGGGUCCAGCACCUGUUAUGACUCAUGAAAACGAGUCAGAGACUGGAGUUCAGCCGCGGCCAGCAGUCUCCUCUGGAUACUCAAAGCAGUUUCAGAAAUCUUUACCGCCAAGAUUCCAGAGACAGCAGGAGCAGAUGAAACAACAGCAAUGGCAACAGCAGCAACAAGGUGUGCUUUCACAGCCAACUCAGUCCCAGGCAUCCACAAGUCCUGUUCCCCCGCCACAGCACAGGUCUCUGUAUCAGCCUAUUGGACCACACCCUCAACAUUUGGCUUCCAUGGGUUUUGACCCCCGUUGGCUAAUGAUGCAGCCUUAUAUGGAUCCACGAAUGAUGUCUGGCCGGCCUACCAUGGACAUGCCACCAAUGCAUCCUGGAAUGAUACCAACAAAGCCCUUGAUGCGACGUGAUCAAAUUGAGGGACCAACAACUGCCUCAGAACCUUAUGAACACAUGGCUCGCCCAGUAAGAGACCAUGUCACUCUUUCUGAGCCUCGUAUGGUGUGGGGAGCAGAAUCUUACCCCCACUCUGAUACACAGCAGGUUGCUGUACCCUCUAAACCAUCAGAUGAGCCUGAAGAUUACAGGUCUGAAGCAUCUGUGGAGCAAAAUGUUCAUUCAGAACCUUACACAAUUGAACAUAGUUCAUUUGAAUCACAGCACAAAUCCGAUUUCUUCUCAAGGCCAAGAGAGCCUGAUCAUCAUUCUGCUCCAGUCCAACAUUCUGAUCCAUCACCAAUCCUUCAGUCACAAGAACAAGACACGUUAAUCUCUUCAUUUGAACAAACUGAAAAGCCAUUGGCUUCAGAAGACAAGGCUCCCAAGUCUGAGAUUCAGCCUCUAUUGACUAGAAGUCUUUCUAGUGAAUCUGCACGCACUAUAAAGCAAGAAGAAAGGAGAGUAGACCCUUUGCCUUUAAAUCCUAAAUCUACCAGUAGACCAUCUGAGCAAGUUAAAGAUGAUCGGGUAGAUGAAAAGCAAAGAAAAGAGGGAUUUCAGAAUUAUCAGGGACCUAAGCCCUUAGAGUUCUCCAAAAUAGACAAGCCAUAUAAGCCAAAAUCUGAAACCAGAUGGGGUCCUCGCCCUGGCUCUAGAAGUAGGGAGGAGGGUAGUGAUAGACCUGUAAGAAGGUCUGGACCUAUCAAGAAGCCUGUUCUGAGGGACAUGAAAGAAGAACGUGAAUUGAGGAAAGAAAAAGAAGAGGAGAAAUCUGGGCAUGAAAAAUUUGUAAAACCGGAAAAGGUUGAGAGGAAGCAACCUUCAUCUCUACCUGCUAGCAAUGCUAAUACUCCAGUUAACAAAACUGAAAAAGAUAAACAAAGCUCAGAACCAGCAACUUUUUCAAAUGUGGGGCUUACCAGUAUACUAAAUACAGACCAAACCAAGCCACCAGAAAACAUUUCAGAACCAGUUCCAAAGCCUGUAGUUCAUGCUACAGUAAAUCAACCAAGCAAGGAGGAAAAAAUAGUUAGGGUGGUCCGUAAAGAAAUCCCCUCUGAUAAACCUAAAGUAGAUUCCAAACCUCAAGGAGCACAGCCACCAUAUGCAACCGUACCAUACAGGAGGGAGCCUAUUCUUCCUCCUAGAGCUUAUAGGAAAGAAACUAGAGACAGAGAUUGGUUUCCUGAUCAAGGUUAUCGAGGAAGGGGUAGAGGUGAAUACUAUUCCAGAGGAAGAAGCUAUAGAGGGUCCUAUGGAGGAAGGGGCCGGGGAGGGAGAGGACAGGGCAGGGACUAUCCCCAUUACAGAGACAACAAACCUCGUUCUGAGCAGGCUCCAUCUGGAUCAUUAAGGCGCAGGGAUGAGAGUGAAACACGUAGUGAAAGCUCAGACUUUGAAGUAAUGCCAAAGAGACGUAGACAGAGAGGUUCUGAAACAGAUUCUGAUAGUGAAGGACGGGAGAGUGCUAGCGAUACCCCUCACUCUGACAAAGAGAGCGGCAGCAGAAGCAAAACUCGUAGAGAAGAUCGACCUGAAGUGAAAAGGGCACCUAAAUCUAUCACUGCUUUAAAAUCUGAUACAGUUGCCACUAGACCAGAUGCAAGAAUGACUGAAAGACCAUUUAGUAGAGAUGAGGAUUCCAGAACUAAACCUGGCUUCCUACCAAAAGGGGAGCCAUCCAGAAGAGGAAGAGGAGCUGGAGGAUUUAGAAGGGGAGGCAGAGAGUCUGGGAUGCGUUCCACACGUCCCCCUCCACCACGACGAACUGGCUAUAGAGACAAUCAGUGGAUUCCGAGACCACAAGAGCCUAAACAGCCUCCUAUAUCUCGUUUGGAUGAAAGUGAAAACAGGCAUCAGGAGUUUCUACCACCUGGAGAUAAAAGACCACCUGUCAAAUAUGAGAGAAAAUUUGAUUCUGUAAGAGAGAGGCCCAGAAGACAAAGGCCUGCCCGUCCUCCUAGACAGGAUAAGCCCCCAAGAUUUAGACGUUUGAAAGAACGGGAGCGAGAAGAUGUUGGCAAAUCCGUAGAAGCUACAGGGGCUUCCAGUCAAGGAGUUUCAGUUUCAAGUACUGCGCAUGAACUUCCUUCAGAUUUUUCAGGCACCAAAACUCCAGACCUUUCUAAUCAUAAUUCUUCUGACCAGGCUAAUGAGGAAUGGGAAACUGCCUCAGAAAGUAGUGACUUCAAUGAGAGAAGGGAGAGAGAUGAAAGAAAAGCAGCAACAUCUGCAAAUACUCAGUCACCUGCACCAACAAAAGCAUUGGAUGGGUUGACUCAAUCUCCUCCUAAAAGAGAGAAUGCUAAAAGAAGUUUCUCUAGUCAGAGGCCUGGUAUGGAUCGUCAGAAUCGUCGUGGCAAUCCAGGGGUUCCUAAACCUGGCAGACACUAUUCAGGACCAAGAGGUGAAAGACGAAGCAACACAUCCUUGCAUAGAGGGAAAAAGGGGCCAGUAGAUGACCAGACAUAUGUAAUGGCUACAGCAGAUCUUUCUGGUGUUGGCAGCAACGGGCAUCAUUACCACCAGUACCACCCACAUGCUGAAGAUGUUGGAAGUGCCCCUACACAACAGAAAGGAGUUAAGGAAACUGGUAAAAAGAAAGAAGAACCUAAAGCAGCAGCAAAGAAGCCGAAAGAAAAAGUUGAUGCUUUGUCACAGUUUGACCUUAACAACUAUGCAAGUGUUGUGAUUAUUGAUGAUCAUCCUGAAGUAACCACACUUGAAGACUCUCAGUCUAAUCUUAAUGAUGGCUUUACUGAAGUAGUCUCUAAGAAACAGCAGAAGCGACUGCAGGAUGAAGAACGCAGGAAGAAAGAGGAGCAAACGGUACAGGUAUGGAAUAAGAAAAGUUCUAGUGAAAAAGGAAGAGGACAAAAUUCUAAGCUUCCACCAAGGUUUGCAAAGAAACAGCAGCAGCAAGCGGCUGCUUUGCAGGCCCAAUCAACUGUAUUGGCAUCUCAACCUAGUGUAGUCCAGCCAUCUCCUGCUGCAUUAACUCCAAGUCAGCCUCAGCCAAUUGUUCAGUCCCAGCCUCCUACAAACACUCCAGCAAAUGGCACAGAAUUUCCAGGAUCUGUUAACGCUCAACAACCAAAUGCUUUGGGAACCGAACUUUGGGAAAACAAGAUAUCAGCCCCAAGUGUACUCAGUGACUUAUCCAAAAAAUUGGGCCAAAUAAAUCCUCCUCAGCCACCUUCUUCCAGUGCAUGGAAUAAACCUCUAACAGGAUUUGUUUCUUCUGGAACUCAAGAGACAUCCAAGAAUGGACAAGACAGUACUGUGGACUUGCCAAUAGAAACUAUUCAAUUUGGUGCACCAGCAUCAAGCAGCAGUGAUAAUGAAGGAACAUCUUCUCUUUCUGAGAAGGCAGUUGACUCUCUUCCAGAACCAAAAGAACAAAGGCAGAAGCAGCCUCGUGCAGGCCCCAUCAAGACACAAAAGAUUCCAGACCUUGGUGUAGUUGUCAGUAAAGAGUACAAGCCAGGACCUAUUGGUAAAGAGCGCUCUUUGAAAAACCGUAAAGUUAAGGAAGUUCAGCAACAGGUGGAGCCAGAGACACAGGAAAAGCCUUUAACUACUGUGCGGACAACUGAGCCUGUGCCAUCAAAAGAAAACAAGACUGUUACAGAAGUGCCUGCAGAUAUCGGCAGCAUGUUGUCUGUAUCAGCACCUGAAUUUGGAACAACUGCAAAGGAAUCUGUAACAGAUUACACUAGCCCUUCUACUGCUCUUCCAAACAAUUCAACACCCAGCAGCACAAAAAUGGAACCAGCAUUGGUGCCUAAUGUCCCUCUUCCCCAUACUCUUCCCAUAUCCCGGAGAGAGACCCUUCAGCAGACUUCAAGUUUGACACCUGUGUCUCCUGCUACUGUGGAUCUCACACUCAAGAUGGAGUCUGCUCGCAAAGCUUGGGAGAACUCUCCAAAUGUUGCAGAGAAAGGCUCCCCAAUAAAUUCGGCAGCACCUCCCAUCACCAGUACAUCUGCAGUGGGGCCUGCAAGCAGUGCAAAUAGUGGUGUUUCUUCUAGCAAUGGGAAUCCUGGACCUUCAGUUCAAACCAAUGUACCAUACAACUCCUUUUCAAAUGCAUCUAUGCCUCCUAUACCAGUGGCCUCUGUAAUACCAACAACCUCUCUAUCAGGAACUGGGACAUACACAACUUCCUCCCUUAGCACAAAAACUACUACAUCAUCUGACCCACCAAACAUCUGCAAGGUUAAACCACAGCAACUGCAGAGCAACAGCAACAUGGCCUCUGCUAGCCACUUCUCUCAGCUGAGUUGUAUGCCCUCACUAAUGGCGCAACAACAGAGUCCUCAGGUGUAUGUUUCCCAGUCUGCAGCUGGGCCAGCUGCACAAAUUCCUGCAUUUUAUAUGGAUGCCAGUCACCUAUUUAACACUCAACAUGCUAGACUAGCUCCACCUACUCUUACCCAGCAGCAGGGAUUUCAACCAGGACUCUCCCAGAUCCCAAUACCCAUAUUUGCCUCGCUACAAAGCCAGCAUCAGGCCCAGCUUGGUUUAGCACCUGGUCCAUCAGUGUCUCAGGCACAGGAGUUGUUCAACCAAUCUUUGCAACCUUACAGGUCACAGCAAGCUUUUCUACAGAAUAACAUGUCGCAACCUUCUCCUGUUGUCCUAUCUGGAGCUGCCUUGCAUAACUUCUCUGCUGUGCAGCACCAAGACAUGGCAAAGGCACAGUCCAGCCUGGCCUAUCAACAGACCACUAGUACACAACCAAUCCCUAUCUUGUAUGAGCACCAGCUAGGCCAAUCUGGUUUGGGUGGAUCUCAGUUAAUUGAUACACACAUUCUACAGACACGUCAGGGUAUGGGACAGCCUUCAAACAUUUAUUCUGGGCAAGUACAGCAGCCGAGUCAGACAAACUUCUACAGUACUGCCCAGUCUCCUUCUGCACUUCAGAUGACUGUACCUUUACAGGGAUCACAGCUGUCCCUGCAAAAUUAUGGCUCCACACCUGGGCAGCCUCUCAUUGCUUUAUCGCAGACCCUUCCACCAACACAAGCUCAGCACCAGAGCCUUUCUAGGACAGGCCAAUUGAGCCAGGCUUACCGAGGCCUUAUCCCUGCAGGCAGUCAGCAUGGCAUGAUUGCUGCCCCUGGAAAGAUGUCUGAUAUGGACCUGAAACAUUAUGGUAGUGGUUUAGAUCAUGUAAAGCCUGGUACACCACCUGUGGGAGGACGAAGCACCACUCCUACUUCCAGUCCCUUUCGGGCCAGUUCAACCAGUCCAAACAGCCAGUCUAGUAAAAUAAAUAGUCUGAUUUACCAAAAGCACCAGUUUACUUCUACAGCAGCCGCCAGUGUCCGCAUGGGUCAGCCCCCCUUUCACACACAGUUUCCGCCACAGAUCCUCUCUCAGCCCAAUAUCGUCCCACCAUUGGUUCGAGCUCCCCAUCCAAAUACCUUUCAACCUCAAGUUCAACGCCCACACAUGGGUCUACCAAAUCAGAUGCCACCACAAAUGCCCACGGGCCUAAUGAAUCAUCCUCGCCUUCAUCAUGUGUCGCGGGCCCCUCCUGCCCCACCUUCAGGGCUGCGAGUUACACCUGCACAUGCUGCUAUGAAAGCUGAGCAGGAUCUGAAGGCAAAACAGAGAGCAGAGGUUCUACAAUCAACACACCGCUUCUUUGAGCAGCAGCAGCAGCAUCAGCAGAGUAAACCUGUUGUUCCAAAACCUCCAAAGACCAUGCCAGGCCCCACUAAGUCUUCAGACGCCAUGACAGACCCAUCAGUGGUUACACCGGAGAAGGCAGAGGAAAAUCCAGCAUCUGCAGCCACAUUGGCUGCAGCUGCCGUGGCAACCUCAACAAAGCCCAUCCGAACUGGACCAAUUAAACCUCAAGCCAUCAAGACAGAGGAGACAAAGUCAUAGUGUUGAAUUCUGUGUGGCUAUUGUUGGGAACAUAACUCUGAGGUGUAACAAAAUAUAUAACGUUUUGUUUACUUAAAAAACAGCAGAUGUUAAAGAUAGGAGUGGAAAUAGGAGACAUUUAGUUAGCUGAUUUGUGAAUGGGGCAGUGUCUAAUUUUACUGCCGUUUCUGAGAAGUGCUAGCUCUUUUGAUGAGAUGGUUCGUGUUUUGCUCAGUUUCUGUUGCUGUUAAGAGAGUGUAGAACUUAAAUGCUGGCUUAUGUAUCCCCCUAUAAAAGGUCAGGUUACCACUUAAAUUCAUACAUUAAUGUACAGUGGGUAAAGAAUGUUAUCCUAUCAGUAGAGUUACGAUUACACAGAGUGAGCUUGAGUGCAACACUAAAUGUAUGCCCAAACACGCUUUAUGGUCUUGUUUAGGGCUUCCUCUCACCACAUCAAUUUCUCACUGUUUUAGGGUUCGUACGAAUGUCUGUCCCAUGUCAAUGGGAGUUACAUCCUUGAAUCCUGUGGUAGCCUUUGACUCCUUAAACACUGAUUUAUUGUCAAAGCCUUAUUGUUAUGCUAGAUGUACAGGCUGAAAUGAAAGGCAUUAAGUGCUAGAGCUGCAUACACAAACCAGUCGAAUGUCCUCAUGCCUCCUCUGUAUCACAAAGACACUCUGGAAUCUCCUGAUAAACGGUCCGCUGUGUAAAAGUGUCACAGAAGGUGGCCUAGCUGCUCAAUAAUCCCAACAUCACUAAGAUAGAUGAAUUUAAACCAGGCCAAUGUUGCUGCUGUCUUAAAUGUUUCAGAACGAUAUCACUCUGUAUACUGUACCUUUAAAAUCUGACCUCUUUGAGACCACAGAUGAUAUUUUUGUUUUGUUUUUCUGUUUCUGCUGAAAGUAAAAUCAAGUAUAAAGGUGACUUUUUAAAAAAAAAUAAACUUAAAUAGGAAAAUUAAUCCUCCUUGUUGUUCAACACCGAGCAGGUCUGUACAUCAUAAAAAACGAUGUAAACGCAGCAGUGUUGCGUCGGGUGUUUUUAUUAUUAGAUUUCUUAUGUUGAUUGGGACACGAUAAUGGGGCAGUUUGACAUAGAACAUCUAAUUUGUUUGUUUUCUUAAAACAAACAACAACACUGCUCCUAGGAGGAAACGAAACCAAUCCAACUAAAUCUAAAACUUUCCCUAUCCUUGUAUUUCAUAUUAUUUCCUCCAGCAACCUCUCACUGCUGGUGAUUUUUCUGGCUACUUUUAUUCUGGCAUGCCCAAGCCAACUCUGCAGUGACAUCAUAUACAGGUCAUGUGAUCAUGCAAGAGCACCCAAUGACACGAGUUGCUGUACAGAGAAUGUGCAGCUUGACAAGAGGCUGCAUUAUAGUUGUAUUUUUUUUAAUAUAUAUAUUAUAUAUAUACCUUUGUUCUUUUUAGCUGUGAUGUCUGUCUGAGAUUAAAGGUUGAGAGUCCCACACAAACCUCUCUGGCAUUGUACAGAAAAUCACAGCCAAUCUUCAUUUGUUUUUUUUGCCCACAGUCUCCCCAGGGAAAGGAUAAAAUGCAUUGUAUUAAAUAUGUAAGCUCUUUAUUUACGUUAUUCAGGUUUGAUUACAGAAACUAAUAAAGUAUUCUCUAAAUAAA